UGUUGGCUAACAUGACGCGUUUGAGUAUCUUCUUGUUUUUAUUAUUAACUGCCAGUUUUGCUUGUCAGCUGCAGCAGGAGCGAGCGAUGAUACACAUUUGCAACGCUAAAUAUGUGACGGAUUGCAAUGCCAUGACCCGGCGAGCCAAACGCGGGGACAUGUACAGAACUAACUUCACAGUUAUCUCGAAAUAUUCUUGGGGUAAUAAUGUUACGUUUAAACUGACGCUAUAUACCGAAGGAAUGUCAAUUCAAAUAGCAAACUCAAGAUUGUGUGAAAUAAAGGAGGUCCCGUGGUUGUACCAUUUCGUCACAAAUUAUUCGAAUAUGCGUGAUACUUGUCCUUAUCCUCCGGGCGUGCUUGGGCUGUAUAAUUUGGAAUUUUCAGCGAAGAACAUUCCUUCAUCAAUUCUGAGCUUAGGAAAAGGCAAGGUGCUCUGCAAGUUCCUGUACGAAGUCACUAAAACACAGGAGCCUCUUGUAGAAUCAUCUUUGCUGUUUCGUUGCUAGU